GGUCACACUGGCAAUCCAUCCACCUCUUCCUCCUCCUCCUCCUCCUCCUCCGCCUCUCUGCAACCCGUUCAACUCCACAAGUCUCCAUCUCCCUGCCACAGGACGCUGCACCGUCUCCUGCCUCCCAUUUGGACCAAAAAAAAAAAAAGGAUAUUCCCCGUUAGAGAUACCUUCAAAAAUCUGUGAUCAUGUCGUCGGUGCUGCAGAAGCUGAUCACCCCCCUGGCCAGCGGACCCGCUGAGCCACCCAGGAACAAAGUGACAGUAGUGGGGGUGGGCCAGGUGGGCAUGGCCUGUGCCAUCAGCAUCCUGCUCCGGGAUCUGGCUGACGAGCUGGCUCUGGUUGAUGUGAUGGAGGAUCGUCUGAAAGGAGAGAUGAUGGACCUGCAGCAUGGCAGCCUUUUCCUCAAGACAUCCAAGAUAGUCGCUGACAAAGAUUACGCGGUGACGGCCAACUCUCGCCUGGUGGUGGUGACGGCCGGCGUUCGCCAGCAGGAGGGUGAGAGCCGCCUCAACCUGGUGCAGAGGAACGUCAACGUCUUCAAGAUGAUCAUCCCCCAGAUCAUGAAGUACAGUCCCAACUGCACCCUCAUCGUGGUCUCCAACCCCGUUGACGUGCUGACCUACGUGACCUGGAAGCUGAGCGGUCUGCCCAAACACCGCGUCAUCGGCAGCGGGACCAACCUGGACUCCGCCCGCUUCCGCUACCUGAUGGCUGAACGUCUCGGGAUCCACGCCUCCUCCUUCAACGGCUGGGUGCUGGGGGAGCACGGAGACACCAGUGUGCCUGUAUGGAGCGGCGCAAAUGUAGCAGGAGUCAACCUGCAGAAGCUGAACCCUGAGAUCGGCACUGAUGCCGAUAAGGAACAGUGGAAGGCCACACACAAGGCUGUGGUCGACAGUGCCUACGAGGUGAUCAAGCUGAAGGGCUACACCAACUGGGCCAUCGGCCUGAGUGUCGCCGACCUGACCGAGAGCAUCGUCAAAAACAUGAACCGCAUCCACCCCGUCUCCACCAUGGUCAAGGACAUGUACGGCAUCACCGAGGAGGUCUUCCUGUCCCUGCCGUGUGUGUUGAGCAGCGGAGGGGUGAGCAGCGUGGUCAACAUGACCCUGACCGACGCCGAGGUGUCCCAGCUGAGGAAGAGUGCCGACACGCUGUGGGGCAUCCAGAAGGACCUGAAGGACAUCUGAGUGGCUCCGGCACAGCCACACACAUCAAUGUAGACCCCCCUCCCACGUGUGUGUCGAGCGUGCACACCAACACACACACUCCCCUAACGUACGCACACGCUCCUAAUUUUUUUAACGCCCUUUUUUCUUUUAAACCAACUCACUUGCUCUUAUUUUCAAGGACAAUACCGGUGUUUUUAAGUUUGUUGCAGUAGUAUAUGCUGCCCCUUUCCUCUCCAUUACUCCUGCUGGUGUCUGCACACAAUCAGCAUAAUUCAAGAUAUCAGGGCUCGUUUUCCAACCUUCAGGAGAAGCCAUUUACUGCCACACAUUUUUGUACAAUAUGAAAAAAAAUAAACAAACUCAAACUGCCUGAGCUAUCCAUCACAGCAAGCAGUAAGCCUUAAUUUGGUUUUGUCAGAACAUUCAAAGCUGUGUUGUUAUCUCUUUGUGUCAGAGUCGAGUGUUUUCACAUCACUUUGCUCUUCAUGUUACACUCAUUUCUCAAAAAUUAGUCGCCUUACUAACUUAAACGUCACAUCUCUGUCUUCUCAUGUGGGGCAUCUUUGUUAUCCAGGACGCACAGGACGAUAACGUUUUUAAAAACAGUAAAUCUGAGUAAAUGUUAAAUGUAAUUAGCAUGAAACAUCGGGGGGAAAUGUAAACUAGACAGAAGUAAAUGAACUUGUUGCUCGAAAUGACACCGGUAUUCUCCUUUUUAAAAUGAAGCACACCUGCCCCCCUAAAAACCAGUAGGUUGCUGUGUUAUUGUGUUUGUGCAACAAACCCGGUGUUAGAAGAUCCAAGCUGACUCGUAUUACCUUCCACGGAUUCUUGUGCUGCAAAAGUGUUGAGCCAGGAUCAAGCAAAACCAAAAAAAAAAAAAAAAAAAAAUCACAAAAAACAAAGUGUCUGUGUGUUCCUCCUCCACUUGUUAGUUUGCACUGGAGUCGUUCGUUCCCCGCAGGGAAUCACAGAAAGAAAGACCCUAAACGUCUAGAGAAAGACCUUGAAAACAUAGUGAGACACUGUCGUCCUGCCUUUGUCUAACAAUGGUACCUUGUAGCAGAAAAACAACUCAACACGUAGAUCAAAACACGUUAAAUUUCAAAACCGCCUGUGUUGAAGAGGGAUUUUUUUCUUCACCCCCUGUUUGUUUGGUCAUGUCAAAGGGAGAUGGAGAGGCGGGGGAAGAGUUGAAACGUCAAACUUGAUCAUUUUUUUUUUCUUUUUUUAAUUUUAAACAUCAGCUGUGAUUGUCAAAACCCGUGUUGUAAAUCGUGUUGGAAACAGCGACGUGUAACUUAAUAAAUUUCAACCUUAUGUGUUA